AUGGAGAAUAUUCAUGUUUCUCAAUUGAUCAUGUAUUUAGCGGCUACAAUGAUUCAGAAUCUCUCAAUCCGACGUCAAUUUGGUAUUAGAGCUAAAGUUUGCUUUCAUUUAUAUGUUGGCCGAAUAAAGGGAUGUCUCCAAAAAGAGCUCGAUGAAUUGGAUGAUUAUGCUUGA